GCUUGGUGAGUUACAGGUUUCUUAAAACAUCUUGAUCCUGGUCAUAGAUUAACCACUAUUGCUGACAAUCUACCUUUGAUUGACUAGAGUUCCUCUUUGGCACUUCACCAGGGAACAAUGGCCAGUAUUGCCAAGUUUAAUAUUGAUGCCCCUCGCUGGGACCAGAAUACUUUUAUGGGGCGUGUAAAGCACUUUUUCAACAUCACAGAUCCUAGAACACUGCUGGUGUCAGAGCAUAAGUUGGAUUCAGCGAAGACAAUUGUAGAAAGCUGCAGGGCAGGUUCAGUACCCCCUGGAACCAGUGAGGAACAGCUUUUCUAUGCCAAGAAGCUUUAUGACUCAGCUUUCCAUCCUGACUCAGGGGAAAAAAUGAAUUUAAUAGGGAGAAUGUCAUUUCAAGUCCCCGGAGGAAUGGCUAUCACAGGCGGCAUGCUGCAAUUUUACAGAACAGUCCCAGCUGUGGUAUUUUGGCAGUGGGUAAAUCAGUCUUUUAACGCCAUUGUGAAUUACACCAACCGGAAUGCAGCUAGCCCCAUCUCGGUCAAGCAAAUUGGAGUGGCUUAUUUCACCGCUACCAGCACUGCCUUGGCAACUGCUGUGGGACUCAACCUUUACACUAAGAGAGCACCGACCCUUGUGGCACGCUGGGUCCCGUUUGCAGCAGUAGCUGCUGCCAACUGUGUGAAUAUCCCCUUGAUGAGGCAGCAAGAACUCAUUAAUGGGAUUGCAGUGACAGAUGAAAAUGACAACGCUCUGGGAAAGUCCAGGAGAGCUGCAGUCAAGGGAAUAACUCAGGUGGUGGUUUCCCGCAUUUUUAUGGCUGCUCCUGGCAUGAUUUUCUUGCCCAUUAUCAUGGAGGCAUUAGAGAAAUAUCCAUUCAUGAAGAAAAUCCAGGUUCUCCAUGCUCCCUUGCAAACAGUUCUUGUUGGAGGGUUCCUUGUGUUCAUGGUCCCAGUUGCCUGUGCACUUUUCCCACAGAGAAGUUCAAUUGCACUUUCACACCUGGAGCCGGAUCUCAGAGAACAAAUUGUGGCUGAACAUGGGGACAAAGUGACUUUUGCCUAUUUUAACAAGGGAUUAUGAGUGAGAACUGCCUGAACUUGGUGCAUUAUCCCACUUUGGACUCCAUCUCCUGGACAACACCCUGAUAGGAUGUUGUCAGGAACAGAGCUCAGAAUAUUCUAGAAAGAGCAGCACUCCAUCUCCAUUCUUCUUUUCCCUGUGUGAGUGUUUGUAUGUGUCUGUGUGUAGAGAGAAAUCUGGGCAAAUCUGAGCUUUUCUUUCUGCCCUAUCUGCAUGGUGACAAAUAGUCUGGGUUUUAGAAUGUGUCAUUUUCUGCUUUGUGGCAAUGGUGAGAAUGAAUCACUUGUGGUUGAUGAUGUUCAGAAAUGGAAUUAUUCUGAAGCAGUUGUUCCAAGCCUUAAGACCUCCUUGGUCCUUUGUGAACACAAAAUAUUUCCUGAACCAUGUUCCUCUCUGUUUUGAAGGCCAUACCUAAGUGUCUCUAAUCCAAAAAGGAGCCUGCAACCCUAUACACAUUUACUCAGGAGCAAGAUUCAUAUAACUCAGGAGAGUUACUUCUGAAAAGAUAUGCAUAGCACUGCAUUCUGAUUUAGGAAUUAAUUUUUGAUAUCAGUCUAUCCUACUUCACCGGUCAUAAAUUCUACAUUUUAACUGAACCAGAUUAUAUUGUUAAAACUUUCCAUUAAUCAGUGUAUAUAUGAUUAUAUUACCAUGCUUAAAUUGACAAAAUAGAAUUUUGUUCAUUCUGUCUGUAUAUUCUCAUCUAGCUACCUAAUGCAUUGUUGUAUUAAUUACUAACAAAUAUGUUAAUUAAGAGCUAAUUCAGAACUUUGUUAGAUAGCAUGGUUAUGCAGUCUUGCAACAGAUGUAGCAUCCUUUACAUUUAAACUAUCUAGCAGUUCAGUUUGGUGACCUUAUCUUCAAUCAUGUACAAAUAAGCACUAUAUAUAAUUUGUGAAAAUAGCUGGUCUGCUUGGUUUUUAUCUGCUCCUAAACUUGUAAUUUUUCUUAAUUCAUAAUGUUGUAUAAGAAUUAUGACUAGAAAGGUCUAGCAUUCUUUUCCCAUAGUGCACUGGAAGAUACCCCUAGGAAGCCCUUAAAUUGGACAUGAAAGUGUACAAAUAAGAGUCUUCACUUUGCAGGAUAUUCUUUGCUGCAUAUUUCAAAGGUUAGCUUUCCUUCAUCUGAUUAAUUAGCCUGAAAGCAUGAGAAUCCAGACAUGUGGCUUGCACCUAUGGGAAGAGAGGGCCCUUUUCUAGAGCUAUUUUUAUUGUCCUUAAAAUCAUGGUGGACCAAAUUUAGUGACCCAGCACAGGGGAAAAAAAGAACUUUAGGCUUGAGAAAAACUCCAAGAAUUAGGCAGAAGUUUUUGUUGUUGUUGUUUAGUCGUUAAGUCGUGUCCGACUCUUCGUGACCCCAUGAACCAUAUUGCGCCAGGCC